GCAUGCGCAAUGCAAGUUUUUGCAAAUUUGUAUUAAGAUAAGGCGUUUUUGGCAUUGACACUAGCACUAUGUAUGAAGAAAAAGAAAAAAGGUCGUCGAUGGUCUAGAAAGUGGUUGAAAUUACGGGAUAAAUAUACGCACGAAAAUUUGUUACGGGAAAUAGUGCUCACAGAACCAAAUGACUAUGCAAACUUCCUGCGCAUGGACCAUAAAACAUUUGAAGAUUUAUUAACAUUGCUAAGUCCUUGCAUAGCAAAACAGGAUACCGUUAUGCGUAAAUCUAUACCAGCUUCUCAAAGAUUAUCUAUAACUUUGGGGUACCUGGCUAGUGGCGCCGAUUUUGAAGACCUAAAAUUUCAAGUCUGCAUUGCACCUCGUACACUCAGCGGCAUUAUCAUUGAAACUUGUGAGGCAAUAAAUGAAAAAUUAAGCAAUAUUCAGAUACCUAAAACACAAGAAAGUUGGAAAAUAUUGGCACGGCAAUUUGGAAAUUCAUGGAACUUUGAUAAUUGCAUUGGAGCUGUAGACGGAAAGCAUAUCACUUUACAAAAACCUGAGCAUUCCGGUUCCUAUUAUUAUAAUUAUAAGGGAACACACAGCAUAGUGCUUAUGGCCAUAGCUAAUGCAAAUUAUGAAUUUAUCAUGAUUGAUGUCGGUACAAAUGGUAGAGUGUCAGAUGGAGGAGUACUUAAAAAUACAAAAUUUUGGAAUAUGUUUGAGAACAACCAGUUGCAGAUUCCAGAGCCACAGGAAUUGCCAAACUUUAAUAAAAAAAUGCCAUUUGUAUUUGUAGGCGAUGAAGCUUUCCAGCUUCUUCCAAAUUUUAUGAAGCCCUACAAUAAGCAGGUUUUAAAUGAUAAGAGAAGGAUUUUCAAUUAUCGUUUAUCCCGUGCUCGGCGAAUAAUUGAAAAUGUAUUCGGCAUUCUUGCGAGUCGUUUUAAGAUUCUCCAAAAACCCAUCAAAUUAUCUCCUACAAAAGCUAAAAUUGUAGUAAUGGCGUGUUGUCAUUUACACAAUUUACUAAUGAAACAAAAAAACUACAUUAGGAAUGGAGAAUUAGACAUGGAAGAUUGUGUUACAGGGACUGUCAUACAAGGAUCUUGGAGAAAUGAGUCAAAUCAAUUGUUGAAUAUUUAACGUACACGGGCUGGAAAUAGCGCUACAUUAGCAAAAGAAGUGAGAGAUGAUUUUUGUGAAUAUUUUAAUUCAACGGAUGCUAUUCCAUGGCAAAACAAAUGUUUAGAAUAGGUAAUCGUAUUUGCUGUACUUGUGAAAAUAAAAAAUAUUUAUUAAUUGGUUAAGUUAAAAUAUUAUUAUUGGUUAGGUUAAAAUAUUAUGUUGUACCUAUUUGUAACAAGUUGUUUAUA